AUUCGUAAAAUCCGGACUGCCGAUACGACUGUGCUAUCCCCCUGUCUACCAUUCUCUCCCCCCCAAAUCUUGCAUUUUUUUCAACAGUACUAUAUGACGUAGUUUGGUGUGGACGGUGACCUUAGCACAUUGCAUCGGAAACGUGGUCCACUACGGGCAAAAAACAACCGAUAUGGGCAUGGCAAAGUGCCGUGAAAAGUAGAAAGCAACCAUGUUCCUCCGGUUUGAUAUUUUUCACACCUGGAACUCUUGCAGGAGACUUUUGAGUCUGGAAAUGUCGUGCUUAUUUGUUCCUCCAUCUUUACUAAAAAGACACGAGGGUGAGAGUGAAGUCUAUUUACGGUCCUAGAUGGUUUUCUCCUGAAGGCUACCCAUCCAGAAUGAGUUCCAUGCCUUCUGGCUAGAACAUUCACCUCUUUUCCCCAGGAGUCAUGUUUCCAAUCUGACUGCGGGUCCCCCGCUUCCAGACUUUCGACGUCUUUCUUCACGUCGGACACGGGUCACCGGUGACUGCGCACGACUCUGCGUCGCCACGGGCUGCCGGGGAUUGUGUAGGAUGACUGCCACUUUUUUCGCCGGUGAUGAUUCCGCCCAUCGACACUUCGACACGUUCCCGCAAUCUGAGCACCUUCGAGUCAAUGCUCUUCUCUGCUUGGAAGAUUUCUGGGCGAGUCUAGCCCAGCUUUCUACUAUGACUGGUUGCGCGCGAGCGGAGUGGCUCUCGCGCGCGACUAGCGCAAGCAGGAACUGCGGACGACGAAGCCAUCGAGACCAGUGGCUUGGCUGCAGCAGCGCACCUGGUUGUUCCGCAUCUGCUCGAUUUAGUGUUUACUUCUUGAGGGCAAUAGACAUUAUUUGUUUUUCGUAUGUUGUUCGGGGAUUCGAGCUCUGCGUCGGUUGACCCGCCGAGGCUACCAAACGCGAGCAAUAACCAAGUCGUCAGCUGACGAGCGCGUGUCUUGCUUGAGUCCCGCUUUUCGCUGGCUGUGACGCUUUUUUCUCCGGCUACUUGGAGGGUUUUCUCUAGGCGUACUCUUGCAGAAAUCUCCCAGGCAACUCCCGCGUUUCUCAAAAUGGCAGCUGCAUCCCAGUACCCCUCACCAUACCCCGCCUUUACGGAGCAGUAUGCCGAUGGAACCACGUCGGCGCAAAUCUACGGUACCGUGAAGCACCAAACGAUGGCGUGCUGGACCGGCGGCCCGUCUCCGGCAGUCACUCCAUUGGCUAUGCCCCAAGUUUACCCGAAACUUGAGCAUUGCGUGGUGGGGAAUCCUCAGGUGGGUGCCGAAGGAGCGCAAAGAGCGAUGAUGGCUGCCUCGGGUUUCGAGGACAUGCCCAGCGGUGAUCCGUCCACGGCUCCCUCGUACGCUUCCCUGCCGAUGGUGAACCCCGAUCAGAAGGUGCAGAUGCCGCCUGUGCACUACCAGGUCGGCGCCAGUGAGAACUACAUGCUGAACAUGGUCCCCGGAAACAGCUUCAUGAUGCCCAACACCAACGCAGUUGGAGGACCCGACGGCGCCAUGCAAGCAUUCCAGUACCACUUCGGUCCGGAGUUUUCUUUCUUCAACGGCGUCGAAGGUGCAGGAAUGCCGCAGGGCUUUCACGCUGCUCUUGCGGCGCAGAAUCAAGGCGCAGUGGGAGCUCCAAACUUCGGAGGCGAGGCCAUUCGCAAGGCCGUGAGAAAAGUGGACCCCCCCACCCCUGCUGUUGCCGCAUCGGAACCAAAAGAAACCCCGACCUCUGCAGCACACAAGGCUCGCUCUCAAAAGAGGAAAUUGAUUUGUUGCUGAACGGACAAACCCGAUUUUUUAAAUUCUUUUGAACCUUUUGUGCGGGUGGACGAAGCCGCUGCAGAUGAGUGCUCCCGUGCACAACUCUGCCGUUUCGCGGCCCACCGAGCCCAACAAAGUUAUCUCUCCAAACUGAGUGAGCUACUGGCUUCUCCAUGGUUACCCAUAAGCAGUGUACCAC